ACAGUGAAAGUGUAUCCAAUCCCUUACACAGAUGCAUACUUGGAUGAAAUGCUCAAGACCUACAUUAACGUCCAUUUUCUUGAACAAUCUGUUUUGAAUGUUGUUCUUUCCUCGUAUCAAAGCACGAUAGCAAUCUCCUCGAUCUUCUUCACCAACUGUAAGAGCCUGCUGCAGAACGAGGAGCUGAUGCAGGACUUGAAAGCGAGCAAAUUCGAUGUGGUUUUCACAGAUCCCAUCCUGAUGUGUGGGCCCCUGGUGGCUGAGUAUCUUUCCGUUCCUUCCGUCUACUUCCUGCGGGGCUUUCCCUGCGGAAUGGAUUCCGCUGCUACCCGGUGUCCAAGCCCUCCUUCCUAUGUCCCCAGGUUAUUCUUGGAUAAUUCAGACAGCAUGACGUUUUCCCAACGGGUGAAGAACAUGCUGGUCAAUCUGCUGGAGCUCUUUUACUGUAAGCCCAUCUAUGAUAACUUUGAAGAACUUGCCUACGAGGUUUUCAAAAAGAAAGUGACAGCAACAGAACUCCUGAGCCGUGGAUCCUUCUGGCUGAUGAGAUACGAUUUUGUGUUUGAGUUCCCGAGACCAGUGAUGCCAAACAUGGCUUUUAUCGGAGGGAUUAACUGUGUUCAGAGGAAAAAACUGUCUCAGGUACAAAAUUUUCUUUGGUUUUUAUAGGGAAAAGGCAAAAAUAGAAAUGUGUCAUAGAAUUGCAGAAUGGCUUGGGCUGAAAGGGACCUUAAAGAUCAUCUCAGUUCACCCCCCUGCCGUCCUGGGCAAGGGAUGUCACAUCCUUACAUCAAAUCCUGACUGACAGCAGCUGGGUGUUUAAAGAUAGAAAUCCUGCAUGAUGCAGAAAUGUUAUUUCCUCAUACCCAGCAUUCAGAUGAUAUCACAUCCUGACAAACCUAAAGCCUUACCAGACUCAAUUAGGACAAUUUAAGUGACAUAGAGCUUCGAUGCAAAUGUUUGUCUUUUUUGUUGAACUCAAGAAUUUUUGGUAUCCUCCUUUCCCAGCUGUCCUGUGGACUGUCUGUCCAUACUUCCAUAUAUCCCCUCUCCUUUCAUCCACAGUGAAGGUUCUUGGACUGAAGGU